AUGAGAACAAAUUGGUGCGGGUUUGGGAACACGUCAAAGAACAACAACGACCUGGGGUUCUUUCGAAGAACGGAUGAAUGCUGUCGCGAGCACGACCGCUCACUCGACAACAUACCGGCUUUCCAGACAAAACAUGGCAUUACAAACCGGAACCUCUACACGAUGACAAACUGCCAAGACGACUGCAAGUUCUACAACUGUUUGCUAAAUCUUCGCCUGCUGUCUUCACUAUUUGUCGGUGAAUUCUUCUUCAAUAUUAUUAGUGCCAAAUGCUUUGCCUACACGUAUCCAAAAGGGUCUAUCCCCGGCGUUAGUCACAAGAUCACCACAGACGUGCAGGACGGAGGUCAUAAGCUGGUUGAAAUAUUCCAAGAUUCAAAUGGCACUGUUCUUGGUUGCAAUGCCCUCGGUGACAAGUAA